ACCGCGGGGGACCGCAGGCAGCACUUGGGCGCGACCGCACGGUGGGAGACUGCGUAUCAGCGAUCACAUGCCGGGACCGGGGGAUCUGUUAGUGGAAGACUACGUUCAAGGAAGAAGGGAGGGGGUAGCGUAAGUGGGGGAUCGCCGACCAUUGCGCGGGCUUGCCCAGAGAGGCCUCAGGCUCGAUCGAUCGACGGAGGCGCCGGCGCUUAUUAACCACGUGGAGGGCACUGGUCCUGUAGUCUGCUUUCUCCCCCCACCCACACUAGUCAGCACCACUCGAGCAUCAUGUCGGGACGCCAGGGAGGCAAGCUUAAGCCGUUGAAGGCCCCCAAGAAGAGCAAGGCCGACCUUGAUGAGGACGACAAGGCGUUCCUCGAGAAGAAGAAGGCCGAGCAGGCAGCGUUGAAGGAGGCGCAGGCUAAAGCUGCGAAGGGCGGCGCUCCUGGAGGCGGUAUCAAGAAGUCCGGCAAGAAGUAAACUUGACCGCAAUUUCAGCGUUAGUGGGUCUUGGGUCAUGUAGCGUGCUUGGUAGCGGCGGAUUGAGGCUGUUUGAUUGUCUUGUUUGCUUGCUCUGGAAUCUUCCCAACCCUAUGCCAUGUAUAAUUGGAAAGCAGUCGAAAGACAGGUCUCGUGCAGAAUGCGUAGCAAGAGGUGGCGGGGACUCCGAAAGAAAAGGAAAGGCGGCCUUAUUUGCAUUUGUUUGAUUGCCAUAUGCAACUUCGUUGUCGUAGCGCUUGGUGCCAACCUCGUCCUCCUCGUCUCCCGCGUUCACCUCGAGCUCUUUUCCCCGGCCACAGUCGCCGAGACGCAUAAUCCCCAUGUUAGGCCCUCCGCACGGCCUCCAGCAGCAAAACCCGAACGGCCUGCAGAACCAGCAAAAUCAGCAGGGCCAGGCGCAAGACCGGCAAGGCCUCCCGCUCCCGCCACCCCAGAAUGGCCAAGACUUUACCCUGAGCAGCGUGCUGCACUUCCUGCAAACGGAAUGGCGCAGAUACGAGCGCGACCGAAAUGAGUGGGAGAUCGAACGCGCGGAGAUGCGGGCGCGUAUAGCCCUGCUCGAGGGAGAGCGGCGUUCGUUCGAGAAUGUGAAGCUCGACCUCAUGCGGCGUAUCAAGAUGCUUGAAUACGCACUAAGGAUGGAACGGUCGAAGCAGCUGACGCAGCCUGCAUCCGUUCCCCCGACAAAGCUUGCGCAAAUCCAGGCUCAGACGGUGGGCAAGCCGGGCGAUACAGAGCACAAGGAGGAGAGCAGCGGGAGCUCACCACGAAGCGAAGAUUCUCCAUUGCCAGACGCUCGAUUGCCGAACGGCAACGCGGGCGGGUCAAAUGCGCGCCCUGGGUCUUGGGGAGGUGUCCUCAACCCGACAUGGGGCCCUAGUACCGCCUCGCUGUCCAUCCAACCCUCCAUGAGCAUUGCAUCAGGCUUGGGCAAGCCUCCGCCCGGGCGGGACCCGAAGAGCCGCGCUCGCAGUCGAGACUAUCUCAAGCAAUGCUUGCAGGAAAUCACCUACCUCACCUCGCCGCAGGCCAUGAACCCUCUUCCUAACCGCCCCCUCGUCAGCACCUCACUCGCCAUGAACAAUGGCCCGCCGUCUGCCUUCCCCAUCAAUUCUGGCCUCAACUCUAAUGGUCCCAAUACCGGGUCUAACAGCCCAGCGCAACAGCAUCAGAUCCCCGGAACCCUCACUCUUCCUAACGUUCCCAUGGAUGCGUACAACGGGCGUCCUCGCAAGGUCAUGCCCGACGUCGCGUCCGGAAAAGAAUUCCCGACAAUGAUUAACGGUAUGAACGCUGGUGGCACCAUUACUCUCAACACGGCGAACCAAGCGCUCAUGAGUGGCCCAUCGAGCGCACCAGCUUCGAGCGGGCCCCUUGAGAGACGGGAUCCCAUGGCAGCCGCUGGCAUGCAGCAGCAGGGACAGCAGCAGCCUUCUGGACAGCAACAACAACAGCAGGAGGAGAGCGAAGGCGCGCAACAGGUCGAGUCCCGCCAGAUUACUGCCAUCUUCCGGCCCGACGACGCGGGCUCAUGGAAGGAGCAAUUAAAACAGGCUCACGACCGUAGUGUCAACGGUGGUGGGUGGCAGCACGAGGGCGAGGAAGAGGGCCCUGACCAGGAGGACGAGGAUGGUGUCACGAGCGAGAGCGAAAGCUCCAACAAGAAGUGGCAUCCCAGGCGCACUUUGAGGAGUCACCUUGACACGGUUCGCGCUGUAGCAUUCCACCCCACGGAGCUAUGCCUAGCAACCGGUGGCGACGAUUGCACGGUCAAGAUCUGGCGUAUGGAUGUCUCCAGUCUCGCGACGGCCGCCGGUCGUCCCGCGGUCGAGGUCGAGCCCCAGUUGACCUUGCGAGGGCACAGUGCAGGCAUCACGCGUCUCAUACACUCGCCGUCCAAGGGCUUGCUGUACUCCGCGUCUCUCGACUCCUCUAUCCGGAUAUGGGCGCUCCCAUCGCCGCACCAUACCACCUACGCCCCGUACGAUGAGACGAGAGCCCGCGGCGAACUCAUCGGCCACACCGACGCUGUCUGGGACCUCGCACUCGUGCGCGACGAGAGUACCUUGAUUAGCUGCGGCGCUGAGGGCAGGGUGAAGGUCUGGGACGUUUCCGGGCCAAGUGGUGGUGGCGAGCUCCGCAUGAGCUGGGGCUACAAUGGUAUCACGGAGGAGGAUGACCAGCACGACAAGGAGUUGCUGGAGGAAGAUGGUACCUUCCCUGGUGCGACGUCUGUGGAGGCGUUGAAGACGGACCUCAAGCGGGUCGCGGUCGCAUACCAGAAUGCGGUCGUGAAGAUCUUCGACAUCGCUACUGGCAAGGAAGUAGCGCGUCUGGCGAGCGACAUCAGCUAUGACGGUACGCCCGCCACGCAAGUCAACAGGAUUGUGUCGCAUCCAACCUCGCCGUUGCUCGUCACCGCGCACGAGGACAAGUUCAUCCGCAUAUUCGACCUCACUACAGGUCAAUGUACGCACUCCAUGCUCGCGCACCUCGACGGCGUUACCGCCCUGUCCAUCGACGCCGCCGGGCUCUCCCUCGUCUCCGGCAGCCACGACUGCUCGAUCCGUUUCUGGGAUCUCCUGGGCACGCGCGAGUGCACCCAGGAGCUCACCGCCGCGCGCGAAAAGGGCCGCGAGGGCGUCCUCGAUCUCGAGUUCCACCCGACCAUGCCGGUCCUCGCCAGCGCGGGCGCCGACGGCCUCGUCAAGCUCUUCGCGUCCUCUACGUCGCCGUCGUAGAGGGUGGUGCGGAUGUAGAGGAUGAUGGAUAGCUGGGCUGAAGAGCACCCAUGGUGCGAUGGGCGACGAGGAACUGUGGAUGACUGUUAUGCUACUUGUCCCCAUGAUAAUUCACGUACGCACAAGGGAUACUUCGGAUUACGCUUUGAUUCUGAAUGUUUAUCUGUCUGUCUGCAAGUUGUUCAUGACACAUACACCAUGCCAUGCGCGACGGUCUGGCUGGCAGGCGUGCUCGUAACUUAUAGGUGGCUUGUGCGAGGUGUUUGUAUUCAUUCUGCGUACACCGUUUUAAUUGUGCAUGAUGUAAAACAUGCGUGUCGUGUUCGACAUGACC